AUGACAGAGGAGGCGGACGAGAUCCGCAGGCUGCAGGAGGCCCGCAAUGCCAGCGCUGCCAAGAACAAGGUCGCGGUCGGCAAGCUCGGCGGCUACGACCAGGACAUCUACGGAGCAGGGAAACGCAGCGACUAUGUCCGCGAACUCCCUAUGGACACAAAUAGCGCAUCUGAUAAUGACGACGAGGACGAAUCGUCGAACGCGAGGCGCACCAACCCACUCGAUGCGUACUCCGCACCACAGCAUCUCCUUCACGAAUUCGCAGACGAGGAUCACGACCCUCUCAAAGCGCGAGCCGAGUCUAGGCAGAUCGCCGCUCGUCAGAGCGACUACCACCUUCGCAGAUUCAACCGAGAACUUGGAGAUGCAAACGCGGUCGAUGCUUUCGCUGAGAAUGGUCAAAGUAAUGGAGACGAGCAAGAGAGUUACAAGGAUCGCAUGCGAAGAGCAGAACUAGAACGAGAGGAAGAGCAGGUCCGACGAUUCAUCGAAGCCAAGGAAAAGGAAGCCAAAGAGAAGGAGGCGGAAAGGCGUGACGACGCAGACGAGUGGGAUAUCAAGCCGUCCUCCUCUACAGACAAGCCGGAGGGGGAUCGCACACCGAAGGCGAAGCGGAAGAGAAGAUGGGAUGUUGCCACUCCUACCGAGGAAGAGACCGCUGGGCACGCCACACUCGAGCCAACAACCGAAUCGGCGCCGCGCAAAAGACGAUCCCGCUGGGAUGAGGCUCCUGCAGAAGGAAACGAAACUGCCACCGCCACAGAGCAAGAAUCGGUCAAACCUGCAGCAAAGCGCUCUCGCUGGGAUCAAGCACCCAGCGGUGAGGACGCAAACGGCAUGAUCGAAAAAGUGCAAGCUUCCUCUUCCGCACUAUCGAAUGGUGCCAGCUCCACGCCUUCCAUUGCCGUCGAUCCUCGCAACCGAUACAUGUCUGACGACGAGCUCGACUCCAUCUUGCCUUCCGAGGGCUACGUCGUUGUCGAGCCACCGCCAGACUAUGCUCCUGUUCAUACUCCAGCGUCCAAGUUUAUGGUCACCCCUAACUCUGAGGACAACGGCGGCUUCACGAUGCAAGAUGAGGGCGCGACGCGAGCUGUUCUCGAAGAGAUGAUCCCGGAUCUUCCCACCGACAUUCCAGGCGUCGGUCAGCUCGCCUUUUUCAAAACCGAGGACCAAGCCUUCUUCAAGAAGAUCCUCAAUCAGCAGGACGAGACCGUCCUCAGCGCUGAAGAGCAGAAGGAGCGAAAGAUCAUGCGGCUACUGCUCAAGAUCAAGAACGGCACGCCGGCAACGCGAAAGACGGCGCUCCGUCAGAUUACAGACCGCGCUCGUGAUUUUGGACCCGGUCCGCUGUUCGACAAAAUCCUUCCGCUGCUCAUGGAACGCACCUUGGAGGACCAGGAGCGCCACUUGCUGGUUAAGGUGAUCGAUCGCAUUUUAUACAAGCUCGACGACUUGGUGCGUCCAUACGUCGGUCGCAUUCUCGUCGUCAUCGAGCCCCUCCUCAUCGACGAAGACUACUACGCAAGGAUUGAAGGUCGUGAGAUCAUCAGCAAUCUGUCCAAGGCAGCUGGUCUCGCGCAUAUGAUCAGCACGAUGCGCCCCGAUAUCGACCACGUCGACGAGUACGUUCGCAAUACCACGGCGCGUGCCUUUUCGGUUGUGGCGUCCGCUUUGGGCAUUCCGGCCCUUCUGCCCUUCCUGAAAGCCGUCUGUCGCUCCAAAAAGAGCUGGCAGGCUCGACACACGGGCAUUCGAAUCGUUCAGCAGAUCGCCAUCAUGAUGGGGUGCGCCAUCUUGCCUCAUCUCAAGAGUCUCGUCGAUUGCGUUGAGAAAGGGCUCGAAGACGAGCAGCAAAAGGUCAAAACCAUGACGGCACUCUCGUUGGCUGCACUCGCCGAAGCAGCGGCACCCUACGGCAUCGAGAGCUUCGAAAACGUCCUCAAGCCACUGUGGAUCGGCAUCCGGCAGCACAGAGGAAAGGGCCUCGCUGCGUUCCUGAAGGCCAUUGGCUUCAUCAUCCCGCUCAUGGACUCGGACAGCACGCUCUACUUUGUCAAGGAGGUGACGCCAACGUUGAUCCGAGAGUUCCAAAGCGCGGAUGAGGAGAUGAAAAAGAUCGUUCUCAAGGUGGUCAAGCAGUGCGCCGCUACGGACGGCGUCACCGGAGCGUUCCUGCGAGACGAGAUGCUCCCCGAGUAUUUUAAGAACUUUUGGGUCCGCAGAAUGGCAUUGGACCGCCGCAACUACAAGCAGGUGGUGGAAACCACAGUGGAGUUGGCCAACAAGGUCGGGGUUGCCGAGGUGGUGUCGCGCAUCGUCAACGAGCUCAAGGACGAGAGCGAGCCGUUCCGCAAGAUGGUCAUGGAGACGAUCCAAAAGGUUGUGUCCAACUUGGGCGCGGCGGAUAUCGACGAACGCCUGGAGGUCCAGCUCGUCGACGGCCUCAUCUACGCGUUCCAGGAGCAGACGGUGGAAGACCAGGUGAUGCUCGAGGGCGUUGGCACUGUUGUCAACGCGCUCGGCAUGCGUGUCAAGCCCUACCUGACGCAGAUCGUUUCUACGAUCCUGUGGCGCCUCAAUAACAAGAGCGCCAAAACACGACAGCAGGCGGCUGACCUCACCACCAAGCUGGCCGUCGUCAUCAAGCAAUGUGGCGAGGACGACCUUCUCGCCAAACUCGGUGUGGUGCUGUUUGAGCAGCUCGGCGAAGAGUUCCCCGAGGCGCUCGCUUCGAUCAUCAGUGCCGAGACCGCCAUCGCUAAUGUGGUCGGCAUGACGCAGAUGAGCCCGCCGAUCAAGGACUUGCUGCCACGCAUGACGCCCAUCCUGCGCAACCGUCACGAAAAGGUGCAGGAGGCCAGCAUCAACCUCAUCGGCAGGAUCGCUGACAAGGGUGCCGAAUUUGUCAGCCCGCGUGAAUGGAUGCGCAUCUGCUUCGAGCUGCUCGACCUGCUCAAAGCGCACAAGAAGGCGAUUCGAAGGGCGGCGGUCAACAGCUUUGGCUACAUUGCUCGAGCGAUCGGUCCGUCGGAUGUCCUGCAGGUGCUCUUGACCAACCUGCGUGUUCAGGAGCGUCAGUCGCGUGUCUGCUCAACGGUUGCCAUCGCUAUCGUGGCCGAGACGUGUGGGCCGUUCACGACGAUCCCUGCCAUCCUGAAUGAGUAUCGCACACCGGAACUCAAUGUGCGCAACGGCUGUCUCAAGGCACUCAGCUGGGUGUUCGAGUACAUUGGCGAGAUGAGCAAGGACUACGUCUACUCGGUGAUCAGCUGUCUGGACGAUGCAUUGACCGAUCGAGAUCAUGUUCAUCGUCAGACGGCGGCUAGCAUCGUCCAUCAUCUUGCGCUCGGCACGUUUGGACUGGGCCACGAGGAAAGCAUGCAGCAUCUGCUCAACCUCAUCUGGCCCAACAUCUUUGAGACGAGUCCACACGUGCUCGGAUCGGUCAUGGCUGCGAUCGAGAGUCUGGAAGUGGCUCUGGGACCGGGUGUGCUGCUCAACCACACGCUGCAAGGCCUCUUCCACCCAGCACGCAAGGUGCGCGAGGUGUACGUGCGCAUCUAUAAUUCGACCUAUCUCCGCUCUCAGGACGCCAUGGUCGCCUACUACCCGGACUUUUCCGAGUUCUCCGACGAGCGCAACGACUUCAAAAGGCACGAACUGUAUACGUUCUUGUGA